AUGGUCGCGCUGCUCCUCACUCUGCCGCACCUUCCUCACUCUCAGUACAACGUGCUUCUCUUUGUGAUGCUCUACUGCCUCCCCGUCACCUUCAACCUGACCAUCGGCUUCCUGACGGGCCGCAGACUGUGGGGGGGUCGCCGCUCAGCCUUUUCCGAGCUGGACCCCAGAAGCCGGGCCCUCCAUGACUCUCGACUGCGCACGCGGCAGAAGAUUGCCAAGAUGGUGGUGUGCCUGGUGCUACUGUUCGCCGUGUCGUGGCUUCCGCUGUACCUGGCUGACCUGCUCAUUGACUGGGAGGAGAGCCCACCGGGGUGGCUCCUGCAAACGCGCCCCUUCGCCCAGUGGCUCGGCCUUACCAACUCCAGCCUCAACCCCAUUUGCUACUGCUUCAUUGGGGACUUGUACCGCUCAGCCAAGAUCAUCCGCACACGCUACUGUCAGAAAGUGGCUGCGCUCUUUGGCUCCUCCACGUUUUCAACGACCUCACCUCCCGGGAGGCUAGUGGACAGCAAAGUGAGCGCGGAGGUGACUGUGACGGCGGCGGCUGUGGUGACCCUGCCCAAGCUGCUUAGCCUGGCCCGUGGGCAGGGGGUGGGCCAGCGCAUACACGACAGUUCCCUCGAGCGUGCAGGCUCCGACCACAGCAUCUCGGACUGGUGCCGGUACUGUACGCUCUUCGACAGCACGUGCCAUCUCCACGCGCAUCAGGGCAUGGGGCAGGCGUCCCAGAUGCUCCCACUGAGGAGGCACUCUCUGGAGGAGCGCAGGGGGAGGUCAGAAGACUGCUGCUCUGAAGAGGAGGUGGAGAGCCAGGACACCACAAGCCUUUGA